AUGUCUCGGACGGUGCUCCUCCUCCUCCUCCUCGCCCGCGCUCGCGGGGCGCUCGUCCCGCCACCCAUUUCGCGAGUGGUGAUGAAGUUCGGCGGGUCGAGCGUGCGGGACGCCGAGCGGAUCGCGGAGGUUGCGUCUCUGGUCCGGGCGCAGAUGGUCGAGCACAGCGUGCAGCCUUGCCUCGUAUGCUCCGCCAUGGGGAAGACGACCAACGGGCUUCUCGCCGCCGCGGACCGUGCGAUCGACGAGGGCACGGUCGACCUCUCGACCGUCCGUGCGCUCCACGUCGAUACGCUCGACGCACUCAGCAUCUCCGGCACCGAUGCGAGCGAGGUCGUGGAGCUCCUCGACAAGUGCGAACGGACGUUGGAGGGCGUCGCGCUGCUGGGUGAGCUCUCGCCGCGCACGCGCGACCUGGUAGUCUCGUAUGGCGAACGGUUGAGUGGUCGAGUCGUCGCAGCGACGCUGCGGCGGCAGGGCGUGCGAGCCCAGCAGCUCGAGGCGUGGGACGUGGGCGUCGUGACGACCGACGAGUUUGGCGAGGCGACUCCGCUCGACCAGUCGUGGGAGGGUAUCGCGGCGAGCCUCCUGCCGGUGAUGGAGGAGGGGACAGUCCCAGUCGUCACCGGCUUCAUCGGCAAACCUCGGGGCCGGCGGCUCGCGGGCCACUGGGGACGGGUCACGACUCUCGGGAGAGGAGGGUCCGACCUGACCGCCUCGCUCCUCGGCGCCGCCGCCGGCUUCGACGAGGUUCAGGUGUGGAAGGACGUGGACGGCAUCCUGACGGCAGACACCCGCGCCGACUGCGGGCGGCAGCGUGCACGCGCGGACCCGCGCAUCUGCCCUGCGGCGGCGCCCGUCGCACGAGUCACGUUUGACGAGGCGGCCGAGCUCGCCUACUUCGGAGCACAGGUGCUGCACCCGCUCGCGAUGCAGCCGUGUCGCCGCGCCGGCGUGCCGUUCCGGGCAGCAAGCUCUCUGGUCAAAAACUCGUACAACCCGGCGGCGGAGGGGACGCUGAUCAGCGCCGACGGGUCGGCUUGCUCCGAGACGCGCCUUGUCUCGGCCAUCACCUCGAAGAACGGCGCGCGGCUCCGCGGGGAGGAGCAAGGCGCGUACGGCUUCCUCGCGCGUGUGUUCGCCGCGUUUGACCGCUGGCGCAUCUCGAUCGACGUCAUCGCCUCGAGUGAGGUCUCUGUCUCGCUCACCCUCAACAAGAACCAGCUCCUCGAGCGGCGCUCCAUCAGCGCGCUCGAGCACCUUCCUGCAGGCGUCGAGCGGUCCGAGGCGCUCGUCGGGCUGAUGGCGGACCUCGAGCAAGUGGCCAACGUGCGCGUCUCGGGCGGCCACUCCAUCGUCACCCUCAUCGCGAACGUCGGCUGCUCGUCCGCCGUCGUCUCCGCCGUCUGCGCGGCGAUGGACCGGCUCGGCAUCCCGGUGCAGAUGAUCUCGCAGGGCGCGUCCAAGGUCAACAUCUCGAUCGUGGUGCCCGAGGAGCGCGCCGUCGAGGCGGUGCAGGAGCUGCACCGCCACUUUUUCGAGCAGCCCCCGGAUUGCGCCGGCGCCAGCUGA